UAAUAAGCAUUAUAAGUAAUAAUAAGCAUUAUAAGUGACAAUAAGCAUUAUAAGUAACAAUAAGCAUUAUAAGUGACAAUAGCAAGCAUUAUAAGUGACGAUAAGAAGCAUUAUAAGCAAUCACGAUGUCGACUGAAAUGGAUGCCCAGGGUUGGGCCCAGAUUCAUCAUGCUGCUUUGGCUGGUUAUAUUUUGUCUGUGGAGAAAUACAUUGAAGAAGACCCGGAACUGUUGGAAUAUGAGACUACGGAUGACUUGAACUCAACACCUUUUCUGCUGGCUGUAACAGGGGGUAAACUAGAAUGUGUGCAAUUCUUGAUAAAAAAAGGGGCCAAAAUAAAUGCCCAGAAUUCCAAAGGGCAAGGGGCCGUUGAGAUUUCCCUACUAAACAACGAUAAAGCUAUUCUUCAGUACUUUAUUGAUACCAAGUUCCCGGAACUUCCCGUCUGGAAGAAAUUGUUCCAGUGUCUGCUGUCGGAUAUCAUCAAAGAGGCUGUAAAAGCUGCCGAGUGUCUUGAGAUGCUGACGGAGCCAUAUGAGGAGUCAACGGAAGGGGUCAACCCAAAUUGGAAUUGUCUGCUUCAUGAAGGUGGCAUAAGUGCUUUGAUAAAACUGCUGCGUGGGAACAUAUACCCCAGUGUUCAAAGCCCCAUCGUACGGUCCUUGUUGAACAUGGUACAGUGUGAACAGACGGCAAGAGAUAUGGUCAAAAAAGGUGUGUUGGUCACUCUAGCAAAGCUCCUGAAAUCAUCGGAUCGGGAAGUAUUAAAGGCUACCACGAUGCUUUUAAUGGAACUUGCGAAUGUUCCGGAACAUGCCGAUGCCGAGAUUGAAGAAAAUAUUCCAGCAAUUUUAGUGGAUGUCCUCACCAGACAAACGAACACCGAUGUCCUUGUUACAUCACUUCAAGUUCUCUCCAACAUUGCGGCUUCGAAACCCGAAAACCAAGCUGCUGUGGUCAACACGGAGAAUUUGUUCGCCAGCGUGAUCAAUCUGUUUAAGCUCUACUACAGCAGUAAAUCCCUGAGCAACGAUUUGACAAACGCCGUUCAAAGCUUUGUAAAGUCAAACCCCGCCGCUCAGUAUGCCUUUAUAGAGAAAGGAAUCUGUGUCCCUUUGACUAUGAUUCUCACUAAGGUCCGUGUGCGUGAGUUGCAGUUAAACGCCGUUGAUACUAUCCAUUAUCUUGCCAUAAACAACCCACAGACGCAGAAGAUACUAUUGAACGAACAGCUUGAUAAAUACCUCAUGCAUCUGUUCAGCAGAGGGAGGUCAGAGAAGCUUCAAGAGAAAACGGCCAGCAGCCUUUGGGCAAUUGCGGGAACUGACGUCUACAUCCAACGCAUGAUGGCCACAAGAAUGGGGGUGCCCCUUUUAUUGAGCUUCAUCAAAUCAAUGACCGAGAACCUUCAUUAUAUAGGUUCUGAGGCGCUCAGUGUGCUCGCCCAGGGCCCGAUCAGUUACCGAAACGAAAUUGCUCCCCAAGGAACUUUGACCCUUGUCCAACUAUUACGAACGCAACGAGAGGAUAUCGUCCUCAGUGCCACUCGCACUCUACGUCACCUGUGUGUUGCUACUGGAUUUGUAGCCUAUCACAACAACCAGCAACUAAUUACCCAAACCAACGGUGCCAAACAGCUGACGGCAUUAAUGGCCAAUUCUAAAAAUCUCUAUAUCAAAGUGGAAGCAGCUCUGACUCUGGCCUACAUAUCCUUAGGUAAUCUGACAACCAUGGAAACUGUUAAACGAUGCACGAACUUCAGCUAUUCUCUCAUCAUGAAUUUGUUGCACUGCGGGGAUAAGAAGGCGCAGCUCACCGCAGGCAUGGCACUGGCGACGUUCGCAUACAACAGUACGUCGCAGCAGAGGGAAAUGGCGGAGCUGGGUGGCGUCAGGCUGUCUUGGUUCCGGGCGUUCCUUGAGUCUGAUGACGAAUACUUUCGUUGCAGCAGCGCAUUCCAGAUAGUUAUCUUAGCCCGGAUCAUUACAGAUGAAGACAAAGCCAUCACAUCGGCGAUGGGAAUUCGGAUACUGAUUGAUCUUCUGGAGAAUUCUGUUAACGACGCAAUUUUGACACUGGCGGCAGAUUGUGUGGCACGGCUGACACACACAAGAUCAGGUGUGCCGCAAGCCAUAAUUGCCAUAGACGCUGUAGACUUCCUCUGUCAUCUGCUCCUUGUUUCGGAUCAAUGGGUCCAAGGCAAUGCAGCAAUUGCUCUGACCUAUCUUGCAAACUUCCACAAAGCCGAGCGUCAACUCCUUCACAAAUGUCGGAAAAAGCCUCUUCUCAUCAAAGUCCUGCAAACCUACACACAGGAUCGGAAGCUUCCGGAAAGUUUCAUGGAAAAUUGGAAACAUUACAAGAAACUGGGGCUUCCCCCAAUUCAGUUGAAUGAGGUGAAAUUUGAGAGGGCCUAUCACGAGAUGAAUGACGUAGACCAGUGGCCCAUGAUGCAGGACAAGGAUGCGCACGAAGGAGUGAGUGUGGACAUCAACGUCACCGAGACGGACAGGCUGGCUGCGAAGAGGGCCAAGAGCAGCAUCCUUAAGCCCUGGAACCCCGAAGGAACGUCCAAUAUCGACGACACGGUCGGAGCUAAUAACAUGUGACAAGGAGGCUGCAGUGUUUGACAGUUUUUGGUGGUAGUGGAGGAAGAGGAAGAGGAGGAUGAGGCGGUGGUGGUGGUGGUGAGGUGGAGGGCAGGAACGUGGAAGGUUUAACCUCUAGAAGGUUCUAUGGAAGAGAAUAAAAAUGAAUGUUAUCGAAGCUUCCUCACUCCAGCCUGGGAAACCUUGCUACCAGCAACCAGAAGAGGGCGCAGAGGAGAGCCUCAGUGGCACCAGUGUGACAGAGGCCAAUUCCAGGAGCGUUAUCCACAG